AUGGAGAAUCCUGCGGCCCUUUUUAAAAAUCCAACUGAAGGAAGACCAUUGAUUACGAAACGUGAAGGAAAACUUGAAAGAAAGCCCAGAAAACAAAAUCAAACGCAAGUGCAACAUGGUGAUGCAGAACGACAAGAUGAAAGGAGAAAUAUUUGUGAUAGCGUUGAAUCGGAUCAAAAUAAGGGGAACCAAGCUUGUCGAGGCCACAACUCGAGGCAAAGAGGCAAGACAAGAGGAGGACCGCAAAGGGGACCCAGAGGCAGGACCCAGAAACGGGACUCGGGGGCAGGUCCAAAAAACACCCAAGUGUAUAGCGAUGAUCAAUUUCAUCCCCCUCAAGGACAGUGGUGUGGUCACCAAAACGCCUCUCCGCAGAGGCGGGACCCGGUGGCGGGACCCAGAGGAGGGUUCAGAGGCCAAAACGCCAGAGGCGGAACCCAGAGGCGAAACCCAGGGGCGGGUCCAAACAACACCCAAGUGUAUUGUGAUGAUCAAUUUAAUCCUCCUCAAGGACAGUGUUUUGGUCACCGAAACGCCUUGCAGAGGCGGGACCCAGAGGCAGGACCCAGGGGUUGGUCCAGAGGCCAAAACACCUCUCACAGAGGCGGGACCCAGAGGCGGGACCCGUGGGCGGGUUCAAACAACACCCAAGCGUACAGCGAUGAUCAAUUUCACCCCCCUCAAGGACAGUGGUAUGGUCACCAAGACGCCUUUCCGCAGAGGCGGGACCCAGAGGUGCGACCCAGAGGCGGGGCCAGAGGACAAAACACCUUUCUCAGAGGCGGAACCCAGAAGAGGAGCCCGGGGGCGGGUCCAAGCAACACCCAAGUGAAUAGGCAUGAUCAAUUUCAUCCCCCUCAAGGACGGGGGUUUGGUCAUCAAAACGCCUUUCCGCCGCAGAGAGGACGUGGAAACCAACGAGGACAACGAGGAGGUGGCUUUCAUCAGGACCAAAUUGCGGAAUAUCGAGAUAAUUUACUUUAUGGAUCUCAGGAAUGGCGCUAUGUUGAUGGUGGCAAUUUUCAGCCUCAAAUGGGACGUGGAAGUCGAGGCGGUCGAGGGCGUCAACCAAAUCCAAAAUCGAAGCCAAAGGGUUACGGACGAGGUGGUAAUUUCCAGGAGCAACAUCAAAUUCAAGGAGACUUUCAGGAGAGCGAUCAGUUUCCAGAUCCUAAAGAUUCCUCUCAAAUCAUGCCAAGACAACCGAACCAACCAAAUGAAAGAGGAAGAAAUUUUCAUGAAAAGCAGAAGCACACAGUAUCCUCGAGGAAGCCUGUCAGCAAAAUAACCUCAUCCCCUUGUUCUGUCGAUGAUUCGGAUGCAGGGAAGGUUGCUGAUCAGUCUCAAUUUGAAACAAAUAAAAUACUCAUUCGCGGGCUGAGUGGAAAAACUUCUCGGGACGGACUAAGUAACUUUAUCGCGGCAAAGAGUGCUGGGCAAGAGGUUAAGGACGUACAGAUGCUGAAUAAUGGAAAAGCCUUAGUCAUUAUGGCUGAUGAAAUCAGAAGUAGGUACCUUUCAAUUGAAUUUGGAGAGUAAGCAGGAGUUUCUCCAUCGUACUUCUUUGAUAUGUUAGUGAAUUAUCAGGGAUGAAAGCUAGCGCCGCCUCAAUUUCAUCCUCUCAGCUUCAAGCAAUGAAGUCACCCUUACAUUAUAUGAAACUAACUUUUCAUUGAUUAAAAUUGUUGUAUGCUUUAUAAGUACCUGAAGAAUUAAGGUAUCUUAUUUUAGACCUUUCGAUUUUCUUCCUCAGACUAUCAAAACAACCCAGAUAAAAGAAAUAAAUUUAUUUGGGAACUGUACAUGUAAUUUAAAGAGUGUUGUUCCUUUCAGGAAGACUCAAAAAGUGGAGAUCACACAAGACAAACAGUUUUUGAGAAUGUGAUCUGUUUUCUUUAGAUUUCACGAAAAUAAAGACCAAAUGCGAGGAGAGAGGUCUGGAUGACGCAAAGGUUUCCAUCGAACAAGUCCCGGUUUGCAAAAGCAUCCUCGUCACUGGCUUUUCAGACGUUACCCAUGAUUUUAUUGAACUGUACUUUGAGAGUCGUCGAAACGGAGGGGGUCCUGUGGAUAAGGUUGACUAUGUUCCUAAAAGUGGUCGAGCUGUGGUUGUGUUUCAAAACGCAAAAGGUUUGUAAAUCAUUGAUCUUUAAAAUAUAUGUACAGUGUAAUUCCUUCAGGCACGAAUAAUCGACAUCUGAUCCUCAAACAUAUGUAGCAAAUAUUGGUUCUCACGGUUUAAGACUUGAGCAGUACAUUAGACUUAGAGAAGGACAAAUUGGUGAUCGUUGAUUGAUCGAUUGAUUGCUUGAUUGAUUGAUUGAUCGAUUGAUUGCUUGAUUGAUUGAUUGCUUGAUUGAUUGAUUUAUUGACCUACUCUACCCCAACCACCCCAUCGUCCUUAAUCUGUGCAUCUCUCUCAAGUUAAAGUGUCAUGAAGUGUUGUGAAAGGACAAAUAACUUCUUCAGGGAAAUUCCUGACACUUCGUUGCUUUAAUCAAUAGAUAUGGAAAGGGUGUUAACCAGACAUGAAGAAAAACCUCAUGAGUUUGAACAAACCCAGCUGUCAAUUAGAGCUUACCGAGAGUUUUUAGAAGACGAAGAGGUUGAUGGAGCAGAGGAUUCCGGUGACUUAGGAGCUACUGCAACCGCGGUUAGUGAAUCUCGAGUGAGCCAGAAACCUGAUGUUAAAGCACAACGGCUGCCCAUGCCUGUAGAUCCCGAUGUUAUGGAAUACGUUACAUUCACAGGAUUCCAAGCUGAACUAAACAAUUCGCUUACUGGAGAGAAAAGCGAAAUCACCUGGAAACCCAACGACAAAAUUGCUCUAAUAGUGUACCGUGGGGAAGAUGACAGUGAUUCAUGGCAAUCUGAAUGCAUUGACCAAGUACAAAAUUACCUCAGCAAGUUUGCGAAGUGCGAUGUGCAGGUCAACAAGGAUUUCUGGGAAGCCGUUGUAGCCAAAGUUCCUAGCAUUCGCACCUGCUUGGGAGUUGAUCCCCCGCUGGUCAAGACUAUUCCUGAAUCAAAUGUUGCUAGGAUCAUUUCAUUAAAAGCAGAUGUGAAAAGUAACGAGGAAAAGGUGAGGUCAAAGUUGGAAGAAAUCUACCGCGAGGAGACCAGAAAAACCUACCUGAAGAAGAAAAUUGCAGAUGUUCCCAAGGAGCGCUUAAUUUUACUGAAGAAGAUAAAAUUUACCGAGAAACUCCAAGAAAAGAACAAGGAGCUGGAGAUCAAGAUUAAUACUGAAGGUGAAGAAAUAUAUUUCGAAGGUCCCCAGCCACAAUUUACUAAGGCAACCAUGGAGUUCGAGAAACUAAUGAAAAAAAUAGUUGAGAAGAAAUGUAACUUUAUCCGUCAGCAUCCUGGAGAUUUUAAACUCAGAUGA